AUGGAAAUGAUAAGUCUUAAGAAGAAGUUGACAGCCAUGAAGACAGGUGCAGUGAGCAUGGUGAAAAAGGCCUUGAUCUUAGAGAAAUUGUUUCAGUUGUUAAGUCAGGAGAAGUGUGAUGCCCUUCUUCAUAUGAGUGAUAGAGAAGAGAAGUUUUCAGAAGAAGAUGUUGAGAUGAAUGAGAAGAGAGAGAGUCAGAAGGCUGCUGUGAAAGCAGUCAGUGAUGAAGAGCUACACCUGCAUUAUGAUGACAAGACUGACUUGCACUUCUGGCAGAAUGACAAGCUCGCUUGCCUGAGCAUGUCAAUCAUGCAGGACCUGACUGUGAAGGGGCUUGCAGAUGCUGUCUUGAUCAUUGAAAGACUUGCAGGACAUAUGUGCCUGGAUUUGAAAAAGGCUGUGGCUGAGGAGGUGGAUGUUGAUGACAUUAUUGAGGUCAGUGAUAUGAAGAAGAAGGACAAUUCAACUAUAGUUUCAAUGAAAGAGAAUGCCUACACCUUUCAAGCACAAGGUGUUGAGUCUGAUUGUGCUGAAACUCUUGAAAUGCAUUCAAAUCAAGCUCAAGAUCUGAAGGUGCUGAGACAGCUGCCUAACCUUAACAAGCAUAAUCUGGACACUGUUCAGGCCGCGCGGAAGGAACUGAACAAGAUAGCUGAGUUUGUCAAUGUGAUUUCAGCUGUGAAGAAUACUGUGACUAAUAAUUAUUUCUUUAAGUUGCUCAGCGGGGUGCAUUUCAGUGAUCUUGUGAAUGAGAGAUUGUUAACAGAUGUUGCAUUUUGA